AUGGGCGUGCAGGCGGGACACCCACAUCUCCUUGCCUUCCACAAGCUUAGUGUUCUCCGAUCGUUGCCAAAGUCGCCGAGGAUUCAAGUCAAGACUUGGCCUACCCGUCGAUGGGAUAGGCCUUUUUUCGUCUGUCUCGUCGAGGAAACGCUACCACGGCCGACUAUCUACCUUCUAUUUCGAGAGAACCGAUCACUUGAAUUUAUUGCAGUCUCGCAUGUAAAGUUGAACUUUUCAACUUCUGAGAUGCUUUCACGACAGAUAGUCAACAUGAUUGGCUCACCACUUGGCCGGAUAACUUACAGUGAGGAAUACGUCUGUGCGGCUUCGAUUUACACUCCUAAAGACCUCUUUCAGACCCCGUUGUCAAAUCGUCUUACUGACGGUUCUCUUGUUCUGAGUGAUUCGAUCAAGAUUCCCGAUUCUGUAGACCUUGAGCCGGAGCCACCGUUGCUAAGUCGAGUCUGGAGCCAGUCUACAGAACAGGAUCUCGAGGCAACGCCUCAUCUUGGCGAUCAAAUGGGGUUAAAUUGUGUAGUGACCACCCUGUACACCGGUGGCUGGCUGGAAAUGGUCAUCUAUGAUGGCGUCAAUCGAGUAGUUGUAUGCGCUGACCAAUUUCACUCUGUCUGGAUCCUCGGUCGGCGUCACUUUCAAGAGGUCGGCCGACCACAUGCUUGUCGACUUGUCGAGUACUCGACGUCCGGUUGCCGGGCCGACCGGUCAGUCGAUAGUUGGCCCGGUCUCACGACGUACUGUAUGAUCGAUUAUAAUCCGAAGCGUCGUCGACUUGUUCGUCGAAUUCAAGUUAUGCUGGCCGAGCUGACGAUGGACAAUCUGAACGGUCUGGCCGUCUGUCGACAUUUACCCUCUAACAGUACAGAUGCUUUACAAACGCCUCAAUUGCCUGAAGGUCUCAGUUUAACCCGAUUUUUGAUGCUAAUCUUUAGAGUUCCUGAACACCUUGAGCCUAGGCUGAUGACGACCGAUGACCCUGGCUUGAUCACAUGCACGAUUUUACAGUAUCCCAACGAUAAUUUUAAUCUUCGUCUCCGUGUCGUCUUUCCAGAUACAGGCAAGUCGACCGAGGUCAAAGGUCGCCGGCUUUCGAAUGUAAACUUUAUAGACAAACUGAAAAGGGACGGCUUUAUUGAGCAAAAAGAUCUGACCUCACUGAACGAUGCCCCAUUAUGGCUACAGGCUGAGGUAAAUUUGCUGAAAAAUGUUCUUUUCUAUCUGUACUUCUGCGAGGUGAUCUCGCCCAAUGGAAGUGUUGUCACCCAAUCAACCGGGCUCUACUCAGCUGGAGAACAGGGUGAGGGUCGAAUUGAGGUAGAUGAGCAAGAGACGAAUGUUUUCAGUUGCGUCUUCAGCAGUCGGUUGCGGCAAUGGAUUUCAGCCGUCUACCUCGUCAAGUCUCUCGUUGACGAACACCAACUCAGCUUCUUCCCAUACCUCCCCAUCUUGAAGUUGGCCAUGACGGAAGGGAGACCAAUGGUAACCAAGUCGCAUGGCUUAUGGUAUCAACAGGAGCAGGGAAGAGAUGUAAAAAUCCAGAUACCAGCUAAUGAACAAGUAAAUGAGACUCGGAUCCAGUUUCACCUUUUAAACGCCAAAGUGAGUUGA